AUGGACAAGAAUACACACGUCGACCCUGUGGUCGACCCUGCCGUCGAACCUGCAGCCGAGGUGCAGCCAUCAAACGACGACGAAUGGAGCCCGCACGCUUCGAAACUGGUGCGCUUCUACGCGCAUCCGUGGACGCAGAUUAUCCUCGUCAGCUUCAUCUUCUUUUGCUUGCCAGGAAUGUAUAAUGCGUUGAGCGGCCUUGGUGGCUCCGGCCAGGUCGACUCGACCGUCGCGGCCAACGCCACGGUGGCGCUGCUGGCCGCCACCGCCGGCACCGCGCUCUUUAUCGUCGGCCCCAUCUUCUCGUACGUCGGCCCGCGGCUGUGCUUCAUGAUUGGCGGCUGGACGUAUGCGCUGUACAGCGGCUCGCUGCUGGCGUACAACCACCACAAGAACGGCGCGUUUGUGAUUGCGUCGGGCGCCAUCCUGGGCGUCGGCGCGUCCUUUAUCUGGAUCGUGCAGGGCGCCAUCAUGACCAGCUACGUGCCCGAGGGCCAAAAGGGGCGAUCCAUUGCCGUGUUCUGGAUCAUCUUCAACCUGGGCGGCGGCGUCGGCUCGCUGGCGUCCUUUGGCCUCAACUUCCACUCCAAGAGCGGCACCGUCACCGACUCGACCUACAUUGCCCUCAUGGUCAUCAUGCUGUUCGGGUGGCUGCUCGGCGUCUUCAUCUGCAGCCCGCGCCGCAUCCGCCUGGCCCAGCUGCACGCCGCCCUCGAGACCGAGCGCCGCACCCUGCGCGGCACCGUGGACAUUGCCGUGCGCACGAUGCUGAGCUGGCGCGUCGCCGCCAUGCUGCCCCUUUUCUUCUGCGCCAACGUCUUCUACUCGUACCAGCAGAACAACGUCAACGGCUACACCUUCAACAUCCGCACCCGCUCGCUCAACUCCGCCCUAUACUGGAUGGCCCAGAUGAUUGGCGGCCUCGUCAUGGGCUGGAUCCUCGACAUGCCCGGCCUGCACAUCUCCCGCCCGACGCGCGCCCGCAUCGGCUGGGCCGUCCUGUUUGUCACCGGCAUGGUCAUCUGGGGCGGCGGCCUGGCCUUCCAGCGCUGGGCCGAGGCGCGCCUGGCCGCCGGCCACAAGCAGGACAUUGACUACACCGAGGGCGCCCUCGCCACCGGCCCCAUCUUCCUGUACAUUUUCUACGGCGCCUACGAUGCCCUCUGGCAGAGCUUUUGCUACUGGCUCAUCGGCACCGAGUCCAACAGCGCCGGCCGCGCCGCGGUGCUCGUCGGCGCCUACAAGACCUUCCAGUCCACCGGCGGCGCCAUGGCCUGGCGUAUCAACGCCCUCGGCAAGUCCGGCAUGACCCAGUUCAUCAUGGACUGGAGCCUCUGCAUGGGCAGCCUGGCCAUUGCGCUGCCCACCGUCUGGACCGUGACGGCCCACACGACGCUGGAGCAGGAGGCCGGGUUCCUGCCGAGCGACACGAAGGAGGUGCCCCACGAGGCCCAUGACGAUAACUAA